AUGGACCCUGCAGCACUGAACACCAUGAUGGAGGCUCAGGCACGGAGGCAUGAAGAGACCUUGGCAGCGGUGAUGGAGAGGAUGAAUGCCAUGUUCCUCGCGGCCAACCAGAGGAGGGAACCGGUGGCUGAACCAGCAGUAGCGCCUCCGAAACCUAAAGUGGUGAAGAUGUCGCUGGAGGAUGAUCCCGAGGCCUAUUUAACAUCCUUUGAAAGGCAGACGACAGCAGCCCUAUGGCCUCGGGAGUGGUGGGCUACCCAGCUGGGACCCAAUCUGAUCGGGGAAGCCCAGGCAGCCUACCACGCUUUAACCCAUGAACAAGCCAUGGAUUAUGAUCUCGUAAAGAAAGCCAUCCUUCAGCGACUGGACAUCACGGAGGAGACGCACCGCCGCCGGUUCCGGGAGUACCAACGCCCAGAAGGAGUCCGACCCCGAGUAAUGGCCCAGCAGUUGGUGGACCAGGUGACCCGGUGGCUCUGCCCUGGUGAACGCACAGCAGAGGAGGUGGCUGAGAUUGUCACCAUUGAACAAUUUAUACAGUUGCUGGGGCCAGAAGCCAGUAAUUGGGUCAGCUGGCACCGGCCCACCACGCUGGACGCCGCGGUCAGGUUGGCUGAGGGGUACGAGGACUCUAUGCCCACACCGCUGCCCACCCCGAUACAUCCCACGCCGACCUUCAUCAGACCCAGGAUGGCGGGCCCAAGGCCGGGGCCCCUUCACCCACACACACCCUUCACGUCUGGACCAGCACCCUCACGUUCCCCAACGGGUGGCCUCGCUCCACAACACUGGAGGCCGAGGUCAACCCCCAGCUGGGGUAGAACAGGGUCCCCCUCCCCGCUGUCAGGUCGGCAGCGGGACAAUCAGGCUCCGUGGGCGCCUCUCCCUCUGGAAUGUUACCGGUGCCAUGGGGUCGGCCACCUUGCCCGGAAUUGCCCCUCAGCAAUGGAGUGUGGUGCGGCUUUGCAUUAUUUGGUACCGGCGACAGAGGAGGAGUGAGAGUCGGGAGCUGCAGCCGCGGAGCCAGCAUUAGACCCGGAGCACGUUCCUCACAGCACAACA